AUGUCUGAUAUGUUAGAAGUCACAGUCCUCCGCGAGGAACUCACCAUCUUACGGACUCGGCUAGAGACCCUGGAAACAAGAGUGACAACAAUUCUUCCAUCUCAUGUUCAACUACCAAGUCUCAAACUUGCAAAAGCCAAGGAGAAGCCGGAGGAUAGCAAGGAAACGAUCUCGCCAAAGUCCUCGGCUCAGCUCAUGAAUCAAAGUCAUGGAACCCUUCGAAGCCGUUCAUUUAAGGUGAUGAGACAUCUCAUCAGCGUGGUGGAUGUCUUGCGUGUUGAAGAUGUUGUGAGGAAGACCAAGAAGCCCCUGCCUAAUCUUCAAGAUCCGGAGACCUCGCUAGCUGAAACGAUCAGGACAAGACCUCAGCAAACGAAGACAAGUCCUUGUUCUAAGUCCGACUCAGAUGUUCAGGAGCUCGGAAGCGAUGUUGAAAAGACACACACAUGUACAUCGUCAAAACCUAUGAAAGCAUCACCGAACAAGAAGGCAGUGCCUUGUUCUAAGUCCGGUGCACCUCGGGUAUAUCAUCCUAAACGCCCGCGCAAGUUAGCAGAGUCAGCAAAGAAGCCUCCGAUACCGCCAAAGAACUUGGAGAAAACUCACAGCACAAGCUCUGAUACCCCUCGGCGCCUUCAUGCUAAAGCCCCUUGUUCCAUCACUGCGCUUCCAGCAACAAUCGAGUUCCGAGGAAUGAUGAAAGCCCAGUCAGGCAAGGAGCCUGGGGAACCGCCGAGUAGACUAGAGACGACUCUCAAUGCAGGUUCUGACUCCCCUCAACACCUGCAUCCUAAGCGACCUCAAAAAGUCAAGUUUUCCAACAACUCGGCUGCUUUAGAUCAACAGUCAAGAGUAAUACUAAAGACAGCCGAAAUUCCAACGGUCACAAGAACUCCAAGAAACAUCCUGCCUGAAGUUUUUGCAUAUAAUGACCUCCAACUUCGCUCCGAACGAUUCUCCCUCCUCAAGCACGACCCCGCUAUGCUAAAUCUCCUACCAACAUCUGUCAAAGACAAGCAAUUCAUUGCAACUGCAUCAAUGACCGAUAUAGAAAACUUACCACUGGCAUCCAAAAUGUUGAUCAGAAGAAAGAUACUGGGUAUUUGGGAAUGGAAGGAAGGCACUUCAAGAGCUAGGCUUCAUGAGUACAAGACACCAGAACCCGGGACUACUAUCAGUAACAGAAGCUUUAAGUUUGUUGGUUUUGCUUGGAGAGGUGAUUUAGGACAACAGCCCCCAAGAAUAGAAGAGCUUCAUGAAGACAUCUCACAAGGCGCCGACACUCUCAGAUGGUAUUGGUUCAAGGAUCUCUGGUUACUUUUUUACUUUGAUUAAUUUUUCUCAAAUGAUAGCUUCAUCAUUUUUUUUCUGUUUUUUUAGAGGUACCAAAUGUCAGC